AUGCAAAAAUUCCUAAUUACCUUGCCUUAUUCGGCGCACUCGACCGAUUGCGACGAGGAAAAGAACCGGUCAGAUUUCGUCGGUGCCCAAUUAUCUGCAAGAGGCCAUUUUGGUCACCAGCAUUCUGAUCAACUCGUGAUUCGAUUCCCCCCAAAUAUGGUCAAAUUGCGAGCGGCGCCGCUCGAGUCCGCGUGGUCCGCAAUUGUGGCAAAAUAUUGCGUUUUUGUCGCCAAACAUCCAUGGCACUUCAUCAUCGCGCCAACAAUUCUAACAAUUCUCCUCUCGAUCGGCAUCGUCGCGAAUUUUCGCAUCGUUCGCGGCGUCAACUAUCUCUAUGCGCCUUUGAACGCCACGUGGAAAACCGAAGAGGCGGUGUUCGGCGAGAAUUGGGCGAUGGACGACGAGCACUUCUAUCCGGGCAAAGAUGUGCUCCGACGACGCGGAAUCUAUUUGAUCGUCACCGCCAAAGACGGCCAAAGUGUUUUGCGGCGGCGGCACGCCAAAGAGUUUCUCGAGAUCCUCAAUUGGGUGUCGGCCGAGAAGUUCGUCUCGCGCAACGGCUCGACGUUCACUUAUAAGCAUGUCUGCCUUCAUUUUCAGAAUGAUUGCUUUUCGAACACCCACGCGAAAUUGUUGGCCGACGUCUACUCCAAAAAUCAUUCGGACGCCUUCAACAUCACGUUUCCAAUUUAUCGCAGUCAAUAUGCCACCGAGCCCAUCGACAUAUCAAAGGUUCUCGGCAACGUGACGCUCGAUGCGAACAAUCGUGUCGCGUCGGCUUCGGCGUGGAUGAUCCUCUACCAGUUGCGCCAAUUCGGCGACGAUGUCGCGCGAUUGUCGAACGAUUUCGAGCAGGGUCUCGCCGCGAAAAUCGAGCGCGGCGAAACGCCGACGCGACUACUCAAUUUGUACUAUUUCCAUUCGACGACGUUCGACGAGGAGCUCGAAAAAGAGAAUCGACGAUUGGUGCCAAAGUUCUCGAUCACCUUCACCGUUCUCAUCGUUUUCGCCGUGUUGACGACGUUCACUAUCAAAUUUGUCGACAUCGACGAUCGACGACGACCGCUCAUCGAUUGGGUGUUGAGCAAACCGCUGCUCGGCGUCGCCGGCGUCGUUUGCACACUGUGCGCCAUCGUCUCAUCGACCGGAUUGCUAAUGAUGUUCGACGUAACAUUCGUCGACAUGUGCACCGUGAUGCCGUUCCUUUCAUUGACCAUCGGCAUUGAUGACACGUUUCUGAUGCUUGCCGCUUGGCACGAGACCGAUCGCAAUGAUCCGUUCGAGAAGCGCAUUGAGACGUCGAUGAGGCAUGCGGCGGUGUCGAUAUCGAUUACGAGUCUAACCGACAGUCUCGCUUUUUUAAUUGGCUCGAUUGCACCACUGCCAGCGGUGAUCUACUUCUGCUAUUACUCAGCGGCCGCGAUCGCGUUCAUCUUCGCCUACUGUAUGACGAUGUUCGUGGCGGUGCUCUCGCUUCAAGGCCGCCGCGAGCAAAACGCGCAGCAUUCCGUCGACGGCUCCGACACGCUGGACAUCGACACCGAAUACGGAAGCGCGUCGAAACUCGAUCUGUGCUUUCGAAUGGGUAGUCGCGCUCGAAAAUUGAACGAGCCGAACAAUAAUGAGAGCGAGAAGGCGCAUCAUGACGGCCGAAUGUGGUAUCAGCGGUUGUUCGAAGACAAUUACGCGCCAUUCAUCGCCCGGCCGAAUAUUGGUGUGUUGAGUCUAUUGGCGUAUGCCGCCUAUCUUACGAUAGCCUUCUAUGGUUCGCAAAAAUUGGAAAUCGGAUUCGACCUCAUCAACAUCGUUCAAGAGCGCUCGGCGUCGCGGACAUUCCUCGAGGUUCGCGAUCGGCUGUUUCCCGACGACACGAAACUCAUGGAUGUGGCGAUAAUGCGAUGUCCCGAUCUCGCCGAUCAACACCAUCGCCGCCAAUUGUUGGCGAUCAUCGACGAGCUCGAGACGACCUGGUGCUCCGUGGGACGCAAUUCCACACAAUUUUGGCUGUUCGAACUCGAGAAGUACGUCAGAAAUUUGGGAUUCGCCACCAAUUUUGACGAUAUUCUUAAUGAUCCGAAGAAGCUCUCAAAAACGAAAAAGACGUUCCUCAUGUCGAACGAGAAGUUCGCCUACGACGUUCUCGACGACACGAAAUUCCGUUUGUCGACAAGACUGAAGAACGUGGGAAGCGAUGAGCUCAUCUCGAAAUGUGCGGCGACAAUGAGGAGCCUCUGCGCGAAACACUCAAACUUCUCCAUCACCACUUAUUCGCCGUUGUGGAACUUCGCCGAUGAGUUCGACAUCAUGUGGCCGCAGACAAUGCAGGACGUCUACAUUUCAAUUGCUGUCAUGGUGCCGGUCGCCCUGCUAUUCAUUCCGCAACCGCUUUGCUCGCUCAUCAUUGCGCUCAACAUCGCUUCCAUCGCGUUUGGCGUCAUCGGUUCAAUGUGGUUUCUCGGCGUGAGUCUCGACGCGACUUCCAUGAUCACCGUCGCGAUGAGCGUCGGCUUCUCUGUUGAUUUCGCCGCCCACGUCUCCUACGCGUAUAUGACCGAGAAUCGAGGCGAUGGCGACGACGACGCGGUUUUGUCGCGAUUCCGCCGCACGCUGGGCACCGUCGGCUGGCCGGUCAUUCAGGCCUCGUUCUCGGUGCUUCUCGGCGUCUCAUCCCUAUACUUCGUCGACAGCUACGUCGUCCAAACGUGUUUUCGGACGGUGGUCCUUGUGAUCCUCUUCGGCACCACACACGCCCUCCUCUUUCUGCCGCUUCUCCUCCUCAAUUCUCACAAGCUUUAUGUCCAUAUGAAAGGCGAUUAA